CGUCUUACUAAACACCUUAUUCGUCAGUAGCCUUCAAGCGAACGGAUCAGUCAAUUUGAAACUCACCCAUUAAUCAUUUCCUUUACUUCAUUUGGGCAAAUUAUAAAACUUUCUCUUCUUCCAUGUUUUACUUCUUACCUGUGUUUUAAUCUACUCUUUUCAUUUAACCUUUACUCCGUUAUUUGUGGGUUAUUAUUUUCAGAAUCUGUUCUAAAUAGAGUUAUUUUUUUUUUCAAAUACAAACACAAAAAAAAAAAAAGAAAAAAAGAAUGGACUCUUAUUUAGCCAACAUUGACGUGUAUAUGCAAGAAAGACAGCAGCAGAUACCUGCGUCUGCUACGUCAACCUGCGAACAGCAGCAAACCACUCAACAAAUGUCAGAACAACCUACAACACUGCAUGCAUCAAUUCCUUCCACACAGCAUCAGCAACCACAACAGCUUCCUUUUCAUGACAUAUGGCUUAAUAGCAUACAUAAUCUAUCGCCCAGUCCCGUAUACAAUGUAUAUAAUGAAUACCCUUCAUCGACUCCUGUAACAACUUUGUCUGAUCAAAACACCUUUAGCACCAAUAGUCAUCCGCCGUCAGAGCAUAUUGAAACGCCUAUUACUCAUACACUGCCUAUUAAGCAUAAGAAAAAGCCAGGCCGUAAGCCAAAUCCAGCAUCACCUGCACUUCGUAAGGCUCAAAAUCGAGCAGCUCAGCGAGCUUUUCGCGAACGUAAAGAGCGUCAUUUGAGAGAACUUGAGACCACUAUUCGGAACUUACGAGACCAAAACCGUAAACUAAAAUCACAGCUUGAUGCAUACAAAACUGAAAGUUGGUAUCUAAGAGGUAUUGUUUUGACGCUUCAAUUUGUAUGUAUGUACUAUCAAAUCACUAUACCUACACAUUCACCUUACAUGACGGAAGAGGAUCUGAUAAGAUUGAUGGAAAAGUCUCCGAGGGAUGUGGAUAUGCGUGCUACGGAAGCUUAUCUUGAAGCAUGCAGGAGAAAUAACAAAGACAUCCAAUCGAUCUAUGAGUUUGUGAACGAACAACAACGCAGCAAUCAUGUAAGUAGUAUGAAUGGAGCCACUACCAGUAGCAUGGAUGAUAUAAGCAUGCCUAUGGAAAGUACUAUGAAUCACGGGCGAACAACUAUGCAAAUGAAUGAAGGCAGCUGUAGCAGUGUUUCUGAUGCAGAAACAAAUGGCAGGGCAUCGUCGACAGAAUGCGAGCAGCGUACCACUUCUGAACGAGUCCAAGAACAACAGAGCCAAGAUAUGAUGAGGGAUAGUUCUACGAGCGAAGAAAAUGAACAAUCUGUGAAUGACAAUAUUAAAGCUAUUCAACAAAUACGACUGCAGCUCGGCGUACAAGCUGUUUUGUCAAACGCAUCCACGCCAAAUCAAUCUGCAGUUACAGCUCGACUGAAGCCCACUUUAUUGCAACUCUCAGUUCCUCAUGAUCCUCGUAUUGACCUUAUACCGACACCGCACACCAGGGACCGGUUUAUCAUAUUCAGAGAUCAAUUUGUUGUGGGCCAGAAAGAAUGUUAUGAUAAAUGCUUCAAUAUGCUGCUAAACGGUGCUGUAUUUCAUGGAGGUGAUCCUACGUUAAGCGAAUGUUGGGAACUACCAGAAGAAUAUUUUAGUGAAUAUUGGUUUUUGACAAUUAAUUACGAUGAUGUGAAAGGAACAAAUAAAUGGAGACGUCAAAAAGGUUUGUGUGACGUUUCUCCCGGGCCUGUAGGAAGAACGGCAACCGACAGUCAUACAGCUGCAAUGACAUCAGUAACGUCAGUAACUACUAGAAACCCUAUGCCUACUAGAACGGCGAUGUGAAUGAUAAUGCAUGUCUGUUAUUGGAUGACAUUACGCGCGAUAUCCCAGCUCUGGAACAAAGACAGCAGCAACAGCAACAGCAUGAUGUUUUUCUAAAUAAUAAUACUGCAACCAUAUUUAGAUGAUUCUCGAUGGUCAUAAGUCUAAUUUAUUUUUUUCUCCCAGUCUUACUCAGAAUACUAGCAUUUUUGCAUCGUUAUGCGCCUCUUUAUUUGAGAUAGCAGCGGCAUAUUACUAUCAACAGUUACAAUUGUUACCAUGUGUAAAACA